AUGGCUUGGCGAUCGUCGGGCAGAGUUUCCGGUAUGAGCGGGGAUUUUGUGGAACAGUACAACCUAUUUUAUAGUGAACAAGACGAGCAGAAUAAGAGUCAUUAUCAAGCGUGCGCAGUACAAGUCCCUUCAUCAAGAUUGCAUCUUGUGAUGAUGGGUACAGCCGCUACAUUACUUACCCCUUCUCACCUCUUCUGCGGCACGUUGAAAAAGAAUGCAUCCACCACUCGGAUGAAGGGGGGUCUUGGGUCGUUCCCAUUUAAUGUCACGAGAAUUGGAGGGAAGACAGCUGCCGCGGCAGCGGAGAUAUUCGUUCAGGGUAGGAGGUCGGACACAGUGCGAACGGGGAUACUGGCAUCAAAUGAAGGAUUUGGAAAUCGGAGAAGUGAAGCGAAGGGUGAAACAAUUUUCCUGGCUGGACCUCCGCUCUCCAUGAUAGGGCUCUACGUCAGAAACGUCGACGCGUUGCUGGAUGCAUAUGUCAAGCGCGACGUGCCCUAUCCAUACCUUUGUACGGGAACCCCGGCAUAUUUUAGUAUCUGUCAUGGAAGCGAGGCUGCAUCUGUAUCCGCACCACCCGCGCUAUUAGUAUUCGGACUCUACGCUGUUCAGAACAAAACCUCAGUUCUGGGAAUGACCUCGUUAUACAUGUAUGGGAAGCAACGCCAUCUGUUGCACAUCGGGAACGGGGACUUUGACGUCAUCGCUGAUAAUUUCCGGGAGAAAGGGAUAGAGUUUUUGAAGAGCAAGGACUCUACGGACAUGUUUAACCUCUAG